AUGGGUCGUCUUCACAGCAACGGAAAGGGCAUUUCUGCCUCCGCAAUUCCCUACUCUCGCACCGCCCCGUCGUGGUUGAAGACCACCCCCGACCAGGUCGUCGAGCAAAUCUGCAAGCUCGCCAAGAAGGGUGCUACUCCCUCUCAGAUCGGUGUCAUCCUGCGUGACUCCCACGGCAUCGCCCAGGUCCGCAUUGUCACUGGUAACAAGAUUCUGCGAAUUCUCAAGUCCAAUGGCCUCGCCCCCGAUAUCCCGGAAGACCUGUACAUGUUGAUCAAGAAGGCUGUUGCCGUCCGCAAGCACCUUGAGCGCAACCGAAAGGACAAGGACUCCAAGUUCCGCCUGAUUCUGAUCGAGUCCCGAAUUCACCGUCUGGCCCGCUACUACAAGACCGUUGGUGUCCUGCCUCCCACCUGGAGAUACGAGAGCGCCACUGCCAGCACCAUCGUCGCAUAA